AAAAAAACUCAGUCACAGAAAACCUCCCCAAAUUCAAGGGUUUACACAUAAACCGCACACCGCCGCCGCCGCCGCCCAGACUCUCGUCUCCCGGUCGCGAUGAUGGUUCCACUCGAUCCAUGCAACAAGCCCACCUCGCAGCGCCGCAUCACGGAGGGCGACACCGUCGUGGUGUACGAACGGCACGACUCGAUGCGCGCAGUCACCGUCAGCGCCGCCGGCGUACUGCAGAACCGAUUCGGCGUCUUCCGCCACGCCGACUGGCUCGGCCGCCACUUCGGAUCCAAGGUAUUCAGCAGCGGCGGUGUCGGGGGCAAGGGCGGUCGCAAGGCCGGCGGCGGGUUCGUCCACCUCCUCGCGCCCACCCCGGAGCUCUGGACCCUCGUGCUCAGCCACCGGACACAGAUCCUCUACAUUGCCGAUAUCAGCCUCGUGGUGGCAUACCUCGAGCUCGUCCCUGGGUGCGUCGUGCUGGAGUCCGGGACGGGCAGCGGUUCGCUCACCACCUCGCUAGCCCGCGCCGUCGCGCCGCACGGGCGCGUGUACACGUUUGAUUUCCACGACCAGAGGGCAGACUCGGCAAGGGAAGAUUUUGAGAAGAAUGGCCUAAGCAGCCUUAUUACAGUUGCUGUUCGGGACAUACAAGGACAAGGAUUCCCAGAUGAGUACUCUGGAGCUGCUGAUGCUGUGUUCCUGGACUUACCCCAGCCUUGGCUGGCAAUACCGUCAGCUGGUACAAUGCUACGACAAGAUGGUGUUCUAUGCUCCUUUUCACCUUGCAUUGAACAAGUACAGCGUGCUUGCGAAACUAUGAGGUCUUGUUUCACAGAUAUUAGAACUUUUGAAAUUCUUCUUCGCACCUAUGAAGUACAUGAAGGUGCUCUGAAGAGUGCAACCGUCAACGAAGCCUCUAGCGAGGGUUGUUCACUUCCUGGGAAGAAACGGAAAAUUCGGUCAGCUGGAGAAGCCUUAGACAGUACUCAGACAUCCUCUGUUAUUGCUAGGCCUUGCAGCACAGCUAGAGGACACACUGGCUACUUGACAUUUGCAAGGAAAAGUGUGCAAGGGAGCCAAACUGGGGCCGCUGAAGUUUGCCCCACAUCUUAGACCAGUAAAAAUGCACAUUGGUGCCCGAAUUUUUCCCAUCCGAAGUAUGCGCUGUUAUUCCUUCAUUCAUAGUGCACACCGCUGCAGAAUUUCUCUAACCUGUACUGAGUUGUAACCAUUUGGGGACGUGGUAAAGAGAAUAUUAUUGCCUUCAUAAGGGAACAACAAAGUGUGGACGACGCAAGCAAAGUCGUGGCCAGUGGAUCUACCUGAUGAAUUAGGAUAUGCUCGUAGCCAAUGGGCCAUGGUACCUUGAGAUUGUUGUGAACGGCGUUGUAGUAACUAUCGAACUUAAAUGAUUUAUAGAUCUAUCUUUGUCUUUGUGAUCUCAA